CAGGCGGUUCAGGUGACAAAGGCUGUGCGUCACAAAGGAACAAGAGAGAGUGAGCAGCGCUCAGGCGAAUGCAAAGUUCAUACCAGCGCAAUUCACUUCACUAAGGACUGUAACCGGCUGCCGAAGACAUUAAGUCGACAAAAACCGGGCAAAACUCACAUGUAAUUGUGAGUCGUAACAGCUGAAAAACGUGAAAUACUACAUACAGAGAGGUAGGAAGCAGGACAGACAGGCCGGCAGAGUUAGACUGUGAUGAAAAGAUUGGUCAAACGGAUGUAGCAGGAAGUCUCUAAGAUCCUCUAACAGCUUUGCUCAAGAAAAACCUUCUGCUUCUAACAGACUCAAAGUCCUUUAGGAGUAGCUGACCAUGAACCACCUGGGGCUCCCUGGAAGCCAUGCCAAUGGGCUGGCACGAUCAGACAGUGGAGCUACAAAGAUGAGCGCCAAGGCUUUAUACGAGCAGCGGAAGAAGUAUUCCAACUCUAAUGUAAUCAUGCAGGAGACAUCACAGUACCAUGUUGAGCACUUAUCCACUUUCAUGAUGGACAAGAGUGAGUCCAUUACCACUGUGGAUGAUGCAAUUAAAAAGCUUAUCUUGCUGGAUUCAAAAAACAAGAUUUGGACCCAAGAAAUGCUGUUGCAAGUUUCUGACAAGGCUAUACGACUACUGGACUGUGAGACACAGGAAGAACUCGAAAACUUCCCUUUGUCCACCGUCCAUCUGUGCCAGACAGUGCUGAACCAAACUCGUUAUCCAUCUGUCCUGCUGUUGGUGUGUCAGGAUUCAGACCAGCACAAGCCUGAUAUUCACUUCUUCCACUGUGAUGAGGUUGAGGCGGAGAUGGUUCAUGCUGAUAUUGACAGUGCCCUGGGAGAUAAUAAGCAUGGAAAGAAGAUGAGACCACAAACUCUCAAGGUAAACCAGGAGAAAAUAAAGCGACAUCGAGAGUCCAUUCUUCCACCAACAUCUCCCAAAACAUCACCCAUGAGGGAUGUGAGAAGUCAUGUUGUUGCUUCUAGUGCAAGCGAAAACAAAGAGAGACAUAGAUCUAUCACUGGCUCACAGAAUAUUGAAGAGUCUCAUGGAAAUCUAGCACAAAAAAUAGAGAAAGAUGUGCAAAUUUUGAACUGUGCUUUGGAUGACAUUGAGAUUUUCAUGGCACGGCUGCAGAAAGUAGCAGAGGCAUUCAGUCAGCUGAACCAGCGCAAAAAGAGCAAAAAGAACAAAAAGAAAGGUCCAGCAGAGGGAAUGCUAACUUUGAGAGCAAAGCCUCCAGCACAGGAAGAAUACACAGAUAGCCUGCAGAAAAUCAAGCUGGCCUUUAAUUUGCUGGCAAAGCUAAAGAGGCAUAUCCAGAAUCCAAGUGCUGCUGAAUUGGUGCAUUUCCUAUUUGGCCCAUUAGAAAUGGUGCUUCAGAGCUGUGGAGGUCCAGAACUUCCUCGAUCCAUUCUUAGUCCUCUGUUAUCCAAAGAUGCAGUUGACUUUUUGAGGGGGCACUUGACUCCAAAGGAGAUGAACAUUUAUGAGAUGCUGGGAGAAGCUUGGACUUGUUCCAGAGCUGACUGGCCAAAAGAUCACUUUGUUCCUCCCUAUGUACCAAAGUUUCGGAAUGGUUGGGAGCCACCACUAGAAAAUUUCAGGGGUGUACCUUGGGAACUGGAUGGGCAGAACAUGUCAGAGACUGUGGCAGAUCAUCUACAAGAUGAGUCAGCCGUCUUGCCUUACAUUCCUUCAAAUGGAAAUUAUGAAGCACAGGGAAUUGGUCAGCCAAAGAAAUAUGCCAAGAUUCUCUACCACUUUGUGGCCAGAAAUGCCAAUGAAUUAUCAGUUUUACAAGAUGAAGUAUUGGAGGUGGUAGAGGAUGGUAAGCAGUGGUGGAAACUAAGAAACAGAAGUGGACAGACAGGCUAUGUGCCGUUUAACAUUCUGGAUGUCAUGAACUUAGAGGAGUCACAAGUCAUGCAAGAAACCCACUACAGCCAGUCAAGCCAGCAUUACAUAAGACAAGACAGCUUUGAGAUGGGUGGUCCACGGCACUCCCCACGAGACAUUAAGGAUCAACGGAUUCAUCAAAUGGAUGAGGUCAAUGAUGAACUCAUCAAAAGAAUCACGACCAGUAAAACACAGCAACCGUCCCGCAACUUUAAGGUGGAACGGCCACAAAGUGCUCAUGUGCCACUCUCACAUAAUUCUGGCAUAGAGCAGGUGCGAGCCUGGCUUGAAUCUAAGGGCUUUUCCAAAACGACAGUUCAGAGCCUUGGCAUCCUGACUGGGGCACAAAUAUUUUCUCUCAAUAAAGAGGAGUUGAAAUCAGUGUGUGGACAAGAAGGUUCACGGGUCUACAGCCAGAUCACUGUGCAAAAAUCCAUGCUAGAGAGCAGCCAAGGAGAUACAGAGCUUCAAGAGAUCAUGAGACGCCAGCAAGAAAAGAUUGAAUCAAUCAGCAAGGAUUAAGUUCCAUCUGCUUGUACUCUGUUGCCCAUCUGCCUAUCCAUAGGUGAUUUGUCAACAACACCAGAUCACCCCACUGCCUUGAGCUUUAUUUCUAAAGUUCAGUCCAAUUGGCAAAAGGGCAUAAAUAAUGCAACAGCUACAUUUAACUCAAAAGAAGAGUGCGGGGUAUUUGUGUUGCCAUGUCAGAGGUUGUUCAAGUGGGGGUAACUAUGUAAUGUAUUCAUUUAUGUGACAAAUAAAAAGACCAGUACUUCAUUGGAUGGAGCAUAAAUUAAAGGUAGCAAUGUGUAAAAACCUGAUAAACAGCCUUUACUCACAUGACUGUAAUAUUGUUGUAGAAUUGUAAACAGACAGAAAGAUUACUAAAAGUAUAUUAUUUAA